AUGAGUUUAUUCCAAAUAGAUGUUCAAUUUCUAGGACAUCAGAUUUGUCAAGGGAAAGCUACCCCUAUUCAAAGAUCUAUUGACUUUGCAUCAAAGUUUCCUAAUCUUAUCACCGAUAGGACUCAAUUGCAAAGAUUUUUGGGAAGUUCAAAUUACAUAUCCCUUUUCUAUAAAAAUCUUUCUCGAGAUUUGGCUCCUUUAUAUGACAGGCUGAAGAAGAAUUAUAAAUCUCCCUGGACUGACAGUCAUACCGCUUUGGUUAAGGAUAUCAAGCUUCGGGUGCAAUCUUUACCUUGUUUAGCCCUGACCAACCCUGCUUGGCAAAAAAUUAUUGAGACGGAUGCGUCCAGUAUUGGUUAUGGUGGAAUUCUAAAGCAAAUUAAUCCACAUGAUAAGAAUGAAUAUCUAAUUAGAUAUUCAAUUCUGAAAAAUGGAAUGAGGCCCAGAAGAAAUGUUCUAUUGUGGCCCUUGAGAUGUUGA